AUGAAGGAGUGUUUGAAAGAGGGAGGUGAGGAAGGAGUAUUUUCACAUAUCCAGUUUCUUCAUCUAGAUUGUGGCUUGGAGGAGAGUGAGUAUCGCAUUGUUCUGCAAGAUCUCCUAGUGAGGGUUUUGUCAACAAGGGAAGGGUAUGGAGCCUCAUGGCAUGUCAUGCAAGAAAAAUUGCUUCGGAUCUAUGAAGAGGCUCUUUCAUCGAAUUGUAGACGUCUUGUUGAAAUGAUUCAGGUUAUCCAGGAUGACUUGCUCUGUCAAGAGAUUGAGAUGUCUCGAGCACAUGCUGACAAACAGAUUCCACCCCCUUUAGAGCGCUUUCAUAGGGCUGUCAGUAUUUGCAUGGGAGAGAUGUACCACUAUGCUCGUGUUUCAAAAUUACAUGUACUUGAAUGCUUAAUGGAUACAGCUCUCUCUGCUGUCAAGAGGGAGCAGCUUCAAGAGGCUAGCAACGUUCUCACACUAUUUCCACGGCUUAGGCCCCUAGUAGCUGUGAUGGGUUGGGAUCUGUUGUCAGGUAAAACAACAGCUCGGAGGAAACUAAUGCAACUUCUCUGGACAAGUAGUAAGUCACAAAUACUUCGACUGGAAGAAUCUUCAGCAUAUGGUAAUCAACUGGAAGAGAUGUCUUGCGUGGAGCAUCUGUGCGAUUCAUUAUGUUAUCGGCUUGACCUUGCCUCUUUUGUUGCUUGUGUCAAUUCUGGUCAAUUAUGGAGUUCGAAAUCAUCACUGUUGUUUUCUGGAAACCAACAAAUAAUUUCUGCAAGCGAAGAUACUCAUUCAGAACGUUUUGUUGAAAACUUUGUGCUGGAAAGACUUUCUGUUCAAAGCCCUCUUUGUGUGUUGUUUGAUGUUGUUCCAGUCAUAAAGUUUCAGGAUGCUAUUGAAUUAAUUAGCAUGCAGCCAAUUUGUUCUGAUGUAGCAGCCUGGAAAAGUAUGGAAACGUCUAGAAACGUAUCUGCUAUGCUGAGGAGUGUGGUGUGGAUGGUCGAUUUCUCUAUAGGUGGCAUUUUAGUUGACUUGCUAGGCUUUUGUAUGCUUAGAGUUUGCUAUUUGAUUGGUGGUUCUAGAGUUGAGUGUUCCCUCGCCCUGUCUAUCAGACAGAACCCUUUGACUUGUGCUAUAUGCUGUAGGAACUCUUGGAUGCAAGAUAUUGAACUAAUGCACAUGCGUUAUGCUCUGGAAUCAACUGUUCUUGCACUGGGAGUGAUGGAAAGGUGUACAAUUGAUGAAAAACAGAGUCAUGAUCAAGUGGCUCUGUGCCAUUUGAAAGACUUAAGGAACCACUUGGAGGCUAUUACCAAUAUUCCACGCAAGAUAUUGAUGGUGAAUGUUAUAAUUUCGCUUUUACAUAUGGAUGAUAUCUCUCUCAAUUUGACGCAUUGUGCCUCACCAGGGAGCAAUUCUGAAUCAUCCUCUACAUGUGCUUGGGACCAUACUGAUGUCAAUACAUGUGAAGGAGGGAACAAACUGGUUAUUUCUUUCACAGGAUUGCUACUUGAUGUUCUACAUCGCAAUCUUCCACCAGGCUUGACUGAAGAGUAUACAUCUAAUGAUGGUAUGAGUAAAGAUGGAAGACAGGCCUUAGAGUGGAGAUUAUCAAUAGCUAGACAUUUCAUUGAGGAUUGGCAGUGGCGGUUGUCAAUUUUGCAACGUCUUCUACCAUUAUCUGAGCGCCAGUGGGGAUGGAAGGAGGCAUUGACUGUCUUACGUGCAGCCCCAUCCAAGCUGCUUAACCUUUGCAUGCAAAGAGCGAAGUAUGACAUCGGAGAAGAGGCAGUUCAUCGAUUUUCUUUAUCAGCAGAAGAUAGAGCUACCCUUGAAUUGGCUGAAUGGGUUGACGGUGCCGUUAGAAGAGCAUCUGAAUCCAGAUUGGUAGAAGAUGCAAUGUCUCGUGCUGUGGAUGGGACUUCAGCAGUGCAAGACCUAGAUUUUUCUUCUUUACGUUCCCAGUUGGGUUCUCUGGCUGCAAUUCUUUUAUGUAUCGAUGUUGCUGCAACUUCUGCGAGGUCAGCACGUAUGUCUCAACAACUCCUGGAUCAGGCUCAAGUUAUGUUAUCUGAGAUAUAUCCAGGAGCUACUCCAAAGAUAGGCUCGACUUACUGGGACCAGAUUCUUGAAGUGGGAAUUAUUUCUGUAUCACGACGUGUUCUCAAGCGUCUACAUGAGUUCUUGGAACAGGGUGAUGGUCCAGGCCUCCAGGCAUUUCUGGCUGGGGAGAUUAGUAUAUCAUCAUCAAAGGAGUUGCUCCGGCAGGGGCAAAGAGAACGUACUCUUGCUAUUUUACAUCAGAUGAUUGAAGAUGCUCACAGGGGAAAGCGACAGUUUUUGAGUGGUAAGCUUCAUAAUCUUGCAAGAGCUAUUGCUGACGAAGAAACAGAACUAAAUAUAGUAAAAGGCGAUAACCCAUACGUAGAGCGUAAACUUUUGUCUCAUUUUGACAAAGAAGGGGUUCUUGGACUUGGGUUAAAAGUUGUGAAACAGAUACCCAAAAGUUCUGCUGGUGGAGAAACUAGCAUGCAGCCUGUUGGUUAUGAUAUGAAAGAUACGGGGAAGAGAUUGUUUGGUCCCUUAAGUGCUAAGCCUACAACAUAUCUUUCACAAUUUAUUCUCCAUAUUGCUGCAAUUGGUGACAUAGUUGAUGGCACUGACACAACUCAUGAUUUCAACUUUUUCUCGCUUGUUUAUGAGUGGCCAAAAGAUCUUCUAACUCGUUUAGUCUUUGACCGAGGCAGCACUGACGCAGCUGGCAAGGUUGCUGACAUUAUGUGUGCUGAUUUUGUCCAUGAAGUGAUUUCAGCAUGUGUACCUCCUGUUUAUCCACCUCGGUCUGGUCAUGCAUGGGCCUGCAUUCCUGUCACUGCUACCUUCCAUAAGAGUUAUUUGGAGAAUAAAGUACUGUCUCCAUCCUGUAAAGAAGCUAAGCCUAAUUGCUACAGCAGUUUCUCAUCAACUCCUGGAAUUCCUCUGUAUCCCCUCCAGUUGGAUAUUGUAAAACAUCUUGUUAAAAUAUCCCCAGUGAGGGCUGUGUUAGCAUGUGUUUUUGGGAGGAGUAUACUAUACAGUGGCAGUGACUCUUCUAUGUCUGGCUCCAUGGAUGAUGGAUCAUUGCAGGAACCUGACAAUGACAGGCUAUUUUAUGAAUUUGCUCUUGAUCAAUCUGAGAGGUUCCCCACUUUGAACCGGUGGAUACAAAUGCAAAGUAACCUCCAUCGAGUUUCAGAGUUUGCUGUAACAGCUGGAGGAAAAGCUGAUGCUGGUGAGGUUAAAGCCGAUGCAAGGGCUGCUAUUAAGAGACUUCGUGAGCGAGAUAGUGAUACGGAGUCAGAAGUUGAUGACACUUUUGGUAGCAGUACUAUUUCAACGACUUUGCCAGACCUUGGCAGUCAAGGUGCUGCAGUUCCUGAACCACAGGAGGAUUCCUCAAAACCUGACACUGUUGAACUCGAUAAUACAGCUUUUCUCUCCCUAGAUUGGGAAAAUGAAGAACCAUAUGCGAAAGCAGUGGAGAGAUUGAUUAGCGAAGGAAAACUAAUGGAUGCUGUUGCACUUUCGGAUCGCUUUUUACGUGAUGGAGCCUCAGACCAGUUACUUCAAUUACUUAUUGAACGUGGAGAAGAAGAUCAUCCAUUCUCUGUACCUCAAGGUUAUGGGGGGAUCGUAUCUGGAGCAAUAGCUGGCAGUAUUGCCUGCGACUGA